AUGAAUUCGGAAUCCUACGAUUUCAUCAUCACAGGCGGCGGUACGGCUGCGCUCGUAGUUGCCGCUCGUCUCUCAGAAGACUCCAGUCAGCGCAUACUUGUGCUGGAGGCUGGAUCUGACCAUAGCGAAGAUCCCCGCGUGAAAAUCCCAGCACUAUACCCAGCUCUGAAGAAGAGUGAGGCUGAUUGGGGUUUCCAAACUGAAACUCAGCCAGGACUCAAUAACAGACGAAUCAACAUGAAUCAAGGGAACGCCUUAGGCGGCUCAUCGGCUAUAAACGCACAAGUCUUUGCUCCACCUACCAAGAAAUUGAUCGAUUCUUGGGCCUUGCUUGGUAACGAUGGAUGGACUUGGGAAGGGCUACGUGACUAUUAUGCCAAAGCCUAUACGUCCCCACCAAGAGUACCAGAUAAUAUCAAAAAGAGCCUGGGUAUUGAUGGCUGGACGGCCAAGAACGAAUUAGGCACAGGUCCAGUCCAAGUCUCUUUUCCCGGUAACCCAUCUCAUCCUCUUCGCGAGGCCUGGGCAGCGGCAUUCAAAGAUAUAGGAUACCUUAUGCCCAACGAUCCUUGGGUUGAUCCAUCGGUAGGAGUCGGAGCUUUCAGUAACCUCGCAAGCAUCGAUCCAGUAAAGAGAGAAAGAAGCCACUCCGCCAGUGCGUAUUAUUACCCAGUAAAGAGUCGGAAGAACCUUCAUGUCCUCACCAAUGCUAUCGUUGAAAAGAUACUAUUCGAAGAGAACUCAACAAAGGUCACUGGAGUCCAAUACCGCCACGAGACUCGGACGAAAACCGCCUCUGCACGCAAAGAGGUUAUCGUUGCUGCCGGUGCCAUGCAAUCUCCGAAGCUACUCGAACUAUCUGGUGUUGGUAAUACCAGCAUCCUAGAGCGACACGGUAUCAAGGUAAUCAAGCAUCUGGAGGGGGUUGGAGAAAAUUUACAAGAUCACCUUGUUUGCGAAAUUGUUUGCGAGGUAGCAGAUGGCAUAGAAACCCUCGACCCCCUACAAGACCCUGAGGUGUUGAGGCAGUCUAUGCAGGAGUUUAUGACCAACCAUACUGGCUUGCUUACAACAGGCGGGUUUGAAACGUAUGCCUACAUGCCAGUGGUUAAGUAUCAAUCGGGCAAAGGACUAGAAUUCCUGAAACAGAUGCUCGAUAAGAACCGGCCGGCGCCAGGAAACCUGUCGGGCAAAAAUCAGACCCAAGCUUCGGCUUAUUAUGAUAUAGCUGAAAGUACUCUGCUUGACCCAAACGCACCAUCAGGUGCUUACCUUACGGGGCUCGCAAAUAACUCCGCAUCGCCCGAUCCUGCUACGGGCGAACCCGCACCCCCUGUGCCUGGAGGAUAUAUUGACUUCGCCGCCGUACUUGCUCAACCACUUUCCCGUGGGAGUGUUCACAUCAAAUCAAGCGACGUAUCUGAUGCUCCUAUUAUUGAUCCACAGUACUUAACGAACCAGGUAGAUGUUGAGGUCUUGGCAGAACAUAUGCUUUAUAUCCAAACCCUCGCAGCGUCGCCGUCUUUUAACGGCAUAUUCAAGCAGCCACUAAAGCUUUCCCCUCCGGCAGCCUAUUUUACAGAUCUAGAUGCCGCGAAGGAGUACACUCGAGCCCGCUCUAUUUCAAUGUGGCAUCCCGCAGGAACAUGCGCAAUGCUUCCUGAGGACAAGGGGGGAGUUGUAGACAGCAAUCUUAAGGUGUACGGAGUAGAGAAUCUCCGAGUUGUUGAUUCAAGUAUUGUGCCGGUGCUUCCUCCAGGCAAUCUGCAGUCUACAAUAUAUGCACUUGCAGAAAAGGCAGCCGAUCUAAUAAAGAUGGAGUACGGGCUGAAGACUACUGACGAGUAG